GAGACAAGAGCCAGGUACAGGGCAGCUCAAGAAUUGAAGGGUUUCUUGUGUUUGAGUGCAUUUUUGAUAGACACAUUUCUGCCACCAGCAGGGUUUUCUCAGGAUGAUGGAGGGCUCUUGAAAUUCUGCUCACGGAAGGGAGGUUACUCCAUCUCAGGCACUAUCCUUUUCUGAUGAGAAUUACAGGCUUUUCUGAUGGAACUCCUGAAGGUCCUGCCAUGGCGCCGUGCUUUCCUAGCAGUAGCCCUGAACUUGCUGGCUCUCAGCCUCUCCACCACGGCCUUGCUUAGCAGCUACUGGUGUGUCGGGACCCAGAAAGUGCCCAAACCUUUGUGUGGAAAGGGCAAAGCUACCAAGUGCAUUGGUGUCCAUGUGUCUGCUGAUGGAGGAUCUAACAACUCUUCAUCCCAGGAUGUGGUGCACUAUAGUUGGGAGACUGGGGAUGACCGCUUUGCCUUCCAGUACUUCCACACUGGCAUGUGGCUUUCCUGUGAGGAGAACAUGGAAGGGCCAGAUGAGAAAUGCCGAAGUUUCAUCGAGCUCUCACCCCCAGGGGAGAGAGGAAUCCUGUGGCUGUCACUAGGCUCAGAGAUGUUCUACAUCAGCUUGCUGCUUAUUAGUUUCAUCCUACUGGUGAUGGAGAUCCUGUACACAGGGAAUCCUGUCUGUGGACUGAAGCUCAAUGCCUUUGCUGCUGUCUUCUCUGUGCUGUCAGGCCUGCUUGGGAUGGUGGCGCACAUGAUGUUCACACAAGUCUUCCAAGCAACUGUCAAUCUGGGGCCGGAGGACUGGAGACCACACUCAUGGGACUAUGGCUGGGCCUUCUACAUGGCCUGGUCUUCCUUCACCUGCUGUAUGGCCUCUGCUGUCACAACUCUCAACAUCUACACCAAGACAGUUCUGGAGUUCAAACGUAACCGUGUCAAGGGCUAUGAUGGCAGCUUCAAGGACCAGCCACAGCAUCACAAGUGCUACAUGCCACAGCAGCACCCAUCGGAACAGAUGGGCAGCUAUUACCAGCACCAAGACAAGCCUAUUCAUUCCAUCUCAGAGGGGAUUGACUUCUACUCCAAGUUGCAGCAAAAUGUGUUACAGCGGGAACCUGACCUAGACCUGGAUGAGGUCCUGGGACAAUCAAUUGGGGAGGAACACUGUUAGGGUAGAAAAAGUGGAAUCAAAAAGAAGCACUAUUGUUAACACAGUCUAAGGGGUGCCGAUUCCUUUAAUAUUACAGAAAUAUUGGAAGCAGGGAAGAGGAAGGGGAAGCAACAAGGUUGGGGAGCAAUGCAAGACCACUUAUACUGACAGUGACUUAAACCCCUGGAGCUUGUCUGCUUUAUUGGAAGUUUGAGGGAGAUGUUACCACGUGCACCAUGAAUGGUAAAGGCAGAGGCCAUUUCUUCUAGAAAGUUAUGUUGACUAUGUCCUUAGUCACCACGCUUCUAACUCCUUCUCCUGAUCCAAUGAUGUUUUGCACUUAGUCACUGGAUAAAAUGGAUAGAGAACAGUGGUAGCAGCAGAAGCCCCAUUGGAACUAGACAGGGUCCAGAACCCAGGGGCUCAUUACUUUCCAGGCAGUGCCUGUUUUACUGAGCCAAAUUCCCUCUGUCUUGUCCUCCUCCUGGCCCUACAUAUCUUCUUUUCUUGAUUACUGAGCAGGCCAUCUUCAACAGGGGGUGCUCCGGGCACUACCUAGCUCAUGCCCUUGUGCCUAGAGAACGUGUGCAGGUUCAAAACCCUUCAGUAAAGGGAGCCUAAACAAAGGUCUCCCACUCACCCCUAACCACUAGAUUAUUGGGUUCCUCCUCCUUCAUUGCUCUGUGACUAAGUUGCACAGUUAUGACUACCUUGGGAGUUUAGGAUCUAGACUCUACAUCAGGUAUGGCCUAUGGGCUGGAUCUGGCCUGCAGGGCUGGAGUUUUGUCUGUAUCCACACACCAAGCUGAGGCCAGGCAUUUCUAGCUGCGUCCACGCUGCUGGUACUUCUCCCUACAGCUUGGACUCACCUUCCAGAUGGUAGGGAGCUGUGUCAGGUCAGGCAGCUUGCAGCUGUGCCCACACUUCAUCUGGGAGGGGUAUGUAGGAGGGAAGCAGGGAGAAGCAGCAGUAGUGUGGAUGCAGUUCAAAACUGCCCACCCCCAGUGCAGCUCCCAAACAGUUGGAAGCUGUCUCCAUGAUGCAGCUGAGGAGUGGGAGGCUAGAAGUGGUGGCAACAUGGAUGUAGCUCGCAGCUACCUGGGCCUGGUGUGGUGCAGGGAAAGCCCCCCUGGUACAAUAUACUGCAGAUACUGCCAGGCCUGAGUCAGACUGCAGCCAGGUUGUUCUGGCCUGUAGCUUGUUUAAGGUUUCCAGCCACUGCCCUAUCUAGAGGCAAAGCUGGAAUUAGGCCUUCAAGUUCAGCAAGCUUCCCACUGCAAUGAAAAUGAGAAGGUAUCUUUCUCAUCUUCCAUAAUCUUCUGGUUACAUUUUCUCCAUCUUCUUUCCAUUUUUAUGCCCUCUAUCAUCCAAUUUCUGUGCACCAUUUUUUUUCCAUGCCCCUAGAUUCACUGAAGUUCCCGUCUAUGCUCCUUGCACUUCAAGCUUUCUUCCUGUGCUGCUUGUUCCCCUCUUGCUCCCCAGACUCCUGCAAGAAGCCUGUCCACCCAUUUCCCUCACAGUAUCUGCAGCAAUUCAAGGGCAGGAUCCUGCUUUCUCUCCUUUCCCCCUAGUCAUGUCUACUACUACAAAAGCACAGUCUCCAAAAGGAAAAUGAAGUUGCACACAGAGGCAAUGCUGUACACUAUAUUUAUUUGUUCCACAGCAGUUUAUAAUUCAAAUAUUUUUUUCCUGACAAUAUACAGACAGACUUUCUAUUCACAGUGGGGAUAAGGGAAAAGAAUUCACAUUAUGGAGGAGCUAGUGUCACUGCACAUUAAAUAUCUGGCCUAGGAAUUUGAGGAAGAACCUAAGGACAAUUACUAUUUCAGGUAAAAGCUUUCAAGCCUUUUCUGCAAGGUGGUGGUAGAAAAGAAGGGGGAUGGAGUAUAGCCCUGUUUCUAAUUAACUUCCUCUGCCACUGGUACUUCAGUCACCACUGUUCAAACUAAACCAAACACUUCUAAAGCACCUAGCCCUGCCAGAAGACAGGAGACAAAAGGCAGGUGCCAAGGCAAAUAGCCCCUUGCUACAUAUGUGCUAAUAUGUACAGGGCUAUUUACACAAAAAUGCCAUUACAUGUAAAGCUCUGCACAAAGCCCUGGCAUUACCAGGGAGGGGCUCAAGGGCCAGCCUUGGGAAUUGCAGCUAAUCUAAAAGAGACUGCAGGGAGCCAUUUUAUAGGAGAUGCAGUGAGACAGACAAGUAUUCAGAAGAUGGCCCAAGAAACCAAGCAAAGGAGACAACUCUCCGCAAAGAUGCAAUGGGCCCUUUAAAGGGAGGUGCAAAAUAUGCCAGGCCCUCAGCACUAAGAAAGGAAGUACUGAAAAAAUACCAGCUGGAGGACAAUAGCAGCAGGCAAUAGCAGAAGAUCUGUGUUAGGUCUGCGGCUGACUGCUUUUGCCAAUGCUACAGGGGGAGCAGAACUAGAUCUGCUGGGAAACCAAUAUCUAUAAGGGAAUGCCUUGCAGUGGAGUAGGGGGAUGGGGAGGGGGAGGAAUGUGUAGGGACCAAAGGUCACUAAAGAGGCAUUGCAUGUGUCACAGCAGGCUUUACAUACAUGCUCCACAAUCAUGGCACAGACAGUAAAUUUCAAACAU